ACAUUGAUGCAGAGGUUUCGUGGAGUCUAUAUUGAAUAGAAAUUUUUCUUUUGUUAUUAAGCACGUCAUUUUACGAGAUAUAUUCAUUCAGUAACGUAUAUUAGUUUCAUCUUAACCUUUCUAAUAAAAUAAUAGAAACAUAAGAAAUGAUAUAUCAAAGGACUCAAAUAAUAAUUAAAUGUAUAUACUAAAGAUAAUAUCAUCAAGUGACUGACAAAAGUAUUUCACAUCCAAAUUGUUAUAUCGACAAUUUUUUAUUCUGAAAUUGAUUAUACUUGCGAUUAUUUUAUUAAAAAUUCUCGCUUUAUAUUCCGAAGAGUAAACAUCGGAAGUCUCCCGCUGCUUUCACGCAGAGAAAUGAGCAGUUCCGAGGAGAUAUCUUAUAUAUCGUGGUUUUGUGCCGUCAAAGGAAAUGAGUUUUUUUGUCGGAUCGACGAAGAUUACAUUAGAGAUAAAUUUAAUUUAACAGGGUUAAACGAACAAGUGCCGUACUACCAGCAAGCAUUAGAUUUGAUUCUAAAUAUCGAGCCUUCAUAUUAUGAUAUAGAGGCAAUCAAAUAUGAUUACGUCAUAGAGGCUGCUAGAGUGACCUAUGGUCUAAUUCACGCACGUUAUAUUCUCACAAAUCGAGGAAUUGCUCAAAUGAUUGAAAAAUAUCAAGCGGGUGAUUUUGGCCAUUGUCCGCGUGUAUAUUGCGAGUCCCAACCAAUGUUACCUCUGGGUCUUAGUGAUGUUCCUGGUGAAGCUAUGGUCAAAAGUUAUUGCCCUAAAUGUAUGGAUGUCUAUACACCUAAAAGUUCUAGGCAUCAUCAUACCGAUGGUGCAUAUUUUGGUACAGGAUUUCCACAUAUGCUUCUGAUGGUUCAUCCAGAGUAUCGACCAAAAGGCGCAACAAAUCAUUUUAUAUCUAGAUUAUACGGUUUUAAAAUUCAUUCACUGGCUUAUCAGAUACAGCGACAGUCAGCAUCGAUCUUUAAAACACCAUUGCGAGCUCUUAAAGAUAAGAAGGAGAAAUGUCAAGAGCAGUUUGACGUACUUUAGAUCAUUUUUUGUUAGAUAUAAGUAAAAUAUUUUUUAUAUCUCUCUUCAUUUGACUGUGUAAAAUGUUGUAAUCCGGGCUAAUUUUUUAUUAUCUUAUAAAAUAGGGAAAUCUCAAGUUCUUCAAACCUAUUUACAAUAAGCCAAUUUAUAAAAAACUUAGGUUUUGAACGUAAAUUGUGGAGAGGGGAAGAGAGAGAGUGAGGGGGGGGGGUAGAAAACGAGACAAUAGUGCAAUUUGUCAAUGUAUCUAUCUUCUAAUAUGAUGAGAGGAAUUUUUAUAACAAUUUAAGUGACAAUUUCCAUUUACAUGAAAAUGAUAUUUAUAUGCGAGAAAAGGGAUACGAUAUACUUAGGAUAAUUGGUAGAUUAUAAGAAGGAAGGUAAAAAAUAUGGAUAGGAUGUAAUUGUCCGUAUGAGUCCAUUGUAUAAUUAUGAUUGCUGCCAAGUAGUUCCUAUGUAUGAUCUUCGUAUGAAGAUUUAUCAUUAGUUGAAAAGUAUUGUCGGUGUUGAUAUCAUAUCAAGUAAAUGCAUCAAAGAAUUAUUUGUUAGAUAUACUUAAAUUUUAUUUUCAAAUAAAUAAAACAAUGAAAUAUAGUGAUCAAGA